AGAAUGGAUGUAGAAUAGAGUGAAAUGGAAAAUGCAUUCUCUUCGGCCAAGAUUUCCGUCUGGUGGGACGUUGAAAACUGCCAAGUUCCUCCAAACUUUAACCCUAACUCCAUCGCUCAGAACAUUGCCUCCGCUCUCGUCAACUCCAACUUCCACGGCCCUACCACCAUCUCCUCUUACGGCGACACCACUCGCAUCCCUCUUCACAUUCAACACGCCCUCUCUUCCACCGGCAUCUCCCUCAACCACGUGCCCGCCGCUAAAGAUGCUAAGGAGAAGAAGAUACUAGUUGACAUGUUGCUAUGUGCGAUUGAUAAUCCUGCACCGGCAAACUAUUUGUUGAUUUCCGGUGACGGAGACUUUUCGAAUGCUCUUCAUCAACUUCGAAUGAGGAGGUAUAAUAUUCUUCUUGCUCAUCCUUGUUCCAAUUCUUUAUCGCUGUUUUCCGCGGCCGAUAUCGUUUGGCGGUGGCCGGUACUCAUUGCUGGUGGUCCUCCUGAUGUCCAUGAACACAGUAACAUUGUUAGAAAUGCUUAUCAGCCUAAACUCUCAAUUGCACCUCUUGAGGCAAAUAGUGAAAAAAAUAACAAGAAUAGUAACCUGAAUGACCGUUUUGUCCCUGAAAAUUCAAAGAAAUCUAAAUUGGUUAGAUUAGCCCCACAUGAAUUCUUUUCUAAUAAUGACCCCACAAAAGUGUCAAAAGUACUCAACAAUACUGAUCCUGGUAGUGAUUCUGAUGCUGUUGGUGGUUCUGAUCAGUUGUUGAUUAGUAAUGUACCUGCAGUUAAGAGUUUGCCAAAAGUUUUACCUUGUGAGGAUUUGCAAGGACUUGUUGAUGUUAUUGUAAUAACAUUGAAAACUCUCAAAGAUGAAAUGGUUUUUCCGAGUGAAAGAAAUAUUACUGAUUGUAUUCGUUAUGGCGAUCCCAAGUAUCAAAUGAUCGACGUUAGGAAGGCUUUGAAUUGUGCAAAUGAGCAACAGAGAGUGGUUAAACGACGCUUUGGCGCGUUGCAUUUAUAUGUUUUAGCAAAUGAGAGUCUCUGGAAGUGUGUGAACCCUUUAGGUGGAUUGCCAAGUCAUUUUCCGGAAGAAAUUUGGGUUCGAAUUGAGAAAUUCCUUGCUUCGUCGUCAGGAUGUUCCGCAAUUUUGGCAUCUCGUUGCAGAUACGAAGCUGCUUUGAUUCUAAAGAGAUUGUGCCUUGGAGAGCUUGUUUUGGGUGAUGUUUUAAAGAUUUUGGAGAUUUUAAUCACCAUCAAGAAUUGGAUUAUACCUUGUCAUUCUAGUUGGCACCCGAUUACCAUUUCGCCUAUGGAGGCAAAAGAUGAUAAUUGAUCCAGAUAGUUUUUUCUGCUAUUAUUCUAGAUCAAAUGACUUCAUUAUGGCCACACCACAAUGAUAUGGAUAUAAACUUUUGCAUAGUUAGAGAGAUAGGUAGGAAAUUAUGAGCAAUUUUUUGAAUGAUGAAUGACCAUAGGUUAUAUACCUUUGGUACACCUGCAUCAUCUGUACUAGUGGAAUUUUGUACACCUGCAUCAUCUGCUUACUAGUGGGAUUUUGUACACCUGCAUCAUCUGCUUACUAGUGGAAUUUUUGUUGGUAUAGAUGCAUACCUUUUUUUUUGUACAUUUCCAUUGGUUGAACUUUUUGAAUAAAUUCAAAUUGGUUGCAACAUUUGCCUAUAUAGGUUGUGGAAUUCUCUCUAUGUAUUUCUAGUUCCGGCCGUUUAUGCGACACUUUAAUUUUUUCGA